UGUGGCGUGCUAAAAGGACGACUGCUAGGGCAAGUUAGAGUUGCUGCAGCCCCUGGAGCUCCCGAGGCGGUGGCAGUGGGAAGCGGAGGCUUGCAGCCAGCGUAAGGAAACUUUGGCGCCCGGAACCAUGACACCAUACUCCACAAGGCAGAAGACCAGACAAAUAUACUCAUGGGUUGGCAGGCCAUUGUUUGAUCGACAGCUUCACUACCAAACCUACAAAGAAAUAAGUAUGAAAACAAGAAGUUGUCCCACUGAGAUUCACAUCCAGGUUGGACAGUUUGUGUUGAUUGAAGGAGAUGAUGACGAAAAACCUUAUGUUGCUAAGUUGAUUGAGUUGUUUGAAGACGAUUCUAAACUUCAUUUCAAGAAACGCGCUCGAGUACAGUGGUUUGUCCGAUUCUCUGAAGUCCCUCUCUCAAAACAGCAUUUGUUGGGCCGAAAGCCUCAUAAACAGGAAAUAUUCUGGUAUGACUACCCUGCUUGUAAUAACAACAUUAGUGCUGAGACCAUCAUUGGCCCUGUUGAGAUAGUGGCAUUAGCGGCAGAUGAAAUGUUCCCUGGGGAUCUGAAACAUGAGAAGACACUGUUUGUAAAACUGUCUUGGAAUGAAAAGAAUUUUAAACCACUGUCUCUAGAACUACUUGCUGAGUUAAAGAAACUACAAGGAGUUAACUCUACAUGCCAGAAACCCCUGGAAGCUAAGACUAUGACACAAGAAAGUCCUUCUUUGACCACUGCAGAACAUGUGGUCAAAGGGAUUGAAUCAAGUCAUUCUUCCUCCAAAUCUCGCCAAACUCCCACUCAUCCUGUUGCCCCCAAUGCAAGGAAAAGGCUGGAGCUUAACGAUUGUCCCAGGACACCUAACACUAGGAUAUCCCAGCAGACUUCGUGUGUUGCCUUGGAUUCUCCAGGAAGGACUAAAAGAAAAGCAGGUUUCCUUGAGUCUACCUCACCUUAUAAGAAGUCUCAGCUGGAUGGAGUCAAGGCUUCAUCUCCAGUGCUUAAAGUCCCAGGAAAAACUGGAGAGGUUCCAUACUUUUGUGCUGAGGAUAACAAAAAGUCUUCAUCUGAAUGUCAAAUGACCCUAAGAACCCGAGUCCCCACUCUGAAAAUCAUGGAGACUGAGGAAAGCUCAUUGAGCCCUGUCAGAGGAGAUAAGAGAUCUUCAAUGGUGCCUUCUGUGAUUCUGAAACCAGAAAAGAUCGAAAAGAGGGAGGCAAAAGAGCCAGAAGCUGGCAGUGAAGCUACCAUCACUUCUCAUCGUAUCCUCAGGAAGAGUUCUCUCUUAACCUUGAGCCGGAUCAGGCAGCACCUUUGGCUUCUAGAAGAUAAGAAAGGUGACCAAGAGGAGGAAGAGUUCAUGCCAAAAGCAGAGGUCUCAGACUCGAGCAGUGAGGAGGAAGACACUUCCACCCCAUCCCUUCCAAGGCGGAAUCCCCAACGCCAGUCCAGGAUUUUGCAGCCCUCCUUAAGUCCAUCCAUGCAGAUGCCCUCCAAAACACCAAAAAAACCUGUGAAGCCUAGAACACCACGUCAUGCCACUCCCCAGAUCCGCAGUCGGAACCUGGCUGCCCAGGAGCCAGCCAGUGUGCUGGAGGAGGCCCGGCUGAGGCUUCAUGUUUCUGCUGUGCCUGAGUCUCUUCCCUGCAGGGAACAGGAAUUUCAAGAUAUUUAUAACUUCGUGGAGAGCAAACUCCUUGACCGUACUGGAGGGUGCAUGUACAUCUCUGGGGUUCCAGGGACAGGGAAAACUGCCACUGUACAUGAAGUGAUUCGUUGUCUGAAGCAGGCAGCCCAAACAGAUGAUGUUCCUUCCUUUCAAUAUGUUGAGGUUAAUGGCAUGAAGCUGACAGAGCCCCACCAAGUCUAUGUGCAAAUCUUGCAGAAGCUGACAGGCCAGAAGGUAACAGCUAACCAUGCUGCAGAACUGCUGGCAAAGCGAUUCUGUACCCGAGGAUCCUCCCGGGAAACCACCGUCCUGCUUGUAGAUGAGCUUGACCUUCUGUGGACUCACAAACAAGAUGUACUGUACAAUCUUUUUGACUGGCCCACUCACAAGGAGGCUCGGCUGGUGGUUCUGACCAUUGCUAACACCAUGGAUCUGCCAGAAAGGAUCCUGAUGAACCGAGUGUCCAGCCGAUUGGGUCUUACUAGGAUGUCCUUCCAACCUUAUACGCACAACCAGCUGAAGCAAAUCCUUGCGUCCCGGCUCAAGCAUAUAAAGGCCUUUGAGGAUGAUGCCAUGCAGCUGGUAGCCAGGAAGGUGGCAGCACUCUCGGGAGAUGCACGGCGCUGCCUAGACAUCUGCCGUCGUGCUACAGAGAUCUGCGAGCUCGACCACCAGAAGAAUGACUCUCCAGGCCUGGUUACCGUGGCCCACUUAAUGAAGGCUGUGGAUGAGAUGUUUUCCUCAUCAUUUAUCACCGCAAUCAAAAAUGCCUCUGUCCUGGAACAAGGCUUCCUGAGAGCCAUCCUUGCAGAGUUCCGGCAAUCAGGACUAGAAGAAGCAACAUUUCAACAGAUAUACACUCAGCAUGUGGCCCUGUGUAGAAUGGAGGGACUGCCAUACCCCACCAUGUCAGAGACCAUGGCUGUAUGUUCACGCCUGGGUUCCUGCCGCCUUCUUCUGGUGGAGUCCAGCAGGAACGACCUCCUCCUUCGUGUGCGGCUCAACGUCAGUCAGGAUGAUGUGCUGUAUGCACUGAAAGAAGAAUAAAGGCUUCAAAAGAG